ACGCUCCGCCUCACCGGCUUCAUUCCAGUGGAGAAGGACCAAGAGGGGCAGGGAGGCAAAGCGGCGGCUCCUCCUCGUCGUCAACCCGCUUCAAAAAGACACUUCACCCUGCUAAAAUCGCCACCUUACCUCAGGAGCCUUACGGUGACAGUCAGGAGAGGAAAGGAAGAAGCCUCUCCGAAAAGUAGACCCGCGGAGACUAAUCGAACGCACCACGCUUGCUACUCGCUUCAGGGACACCCUUUCCACCCCAAAAAGGCUUAAAAGCGACAUUUUCGACAGUUUUGUGUCUUUUUUUUUUCUUUUUCUGUCAGCAUGACCCGGAGAUCGUGUGCCAUUUAUGCCAUCGGCAUUGUAUGCGCCCACCUCCUCAUUGUGGGGAUUGCCCUGGUGGUGGCUCAAGUCUUCCAGACCACCAUACACAACCGCUUGAAAAAGGAAAUAAUUUUGACAGAGAAGAGUCAAAUGUUUGAAUCAUGGAAAAACCCUCCCCCGCCUGUCUACAUGGAGUACUACUUCUUCAACGUCACCAACCCAGAGGUCUUCUUAGCGGGCGGCAAGGCGGCCGUCCAGCAGAUUGGACCCUACACCUACAGGGAGUACCGGCCCAGGGAGAACGUCACCUUCUUGGAGAACGGUACCAAAGUGUACGCCCUCAACCCCAAAACCUUCGUGUUCGUGCGGGAGAAGUCUGUCGGUGACCCCGAAGUGGACAUCCUCAGGACCAUCAACAUUCCUUUAGUGGUGGUGAUGAACGAGCUCAACUCGUACGCCUACAUCCUGCGCACCUUCAUCUCCAUAUACAUCAAAAGCCUGGGCGCCGAACUGUUCACUACACGCACUGUGCACGAGUACCUGUGGGGCUUCAAGGACCCCAUCCUCACCAAGAUCCACUCCAUGAAGCCGGAUGUGGACGACCACUUCGGGCUCAUGUGGAAGAAAAAUGGAACCCACGAAGGCGAGUUUGUGUUCAACACCGGCGAGCAGGACUACAUGGACUACGGCAAAAUCGAGACGUGGAACGGACUCAGGGAGAUGACGUUUUGGUCGUCCAACCAGAGCAACAUGAUCAACGGCACGGAUGGCGCUGUCUUUCACCCGCUCAUCAGCAGGAACGAGCUGCUCUACAUCUUCGCCGCUGAUCUCUGCAGGUCCAUCCAUCUGGCCUACGUGAAGGACGUGGAGGUGAAAGGCAUCCAGGCGUACCGCUUUGCGCCCCCCAAUGACGUGCUCAUGAGCCCCGUGGACAACCCCGCCAAUGAGGGCUUCUGCGUGCCCGCCGGAGAGUGCCUGGGCACUGGCGUCCUCAAAGUCAGCGUUUGUCGACAAGGCGCCCCCAUCGUGGUAUCUUUCCCGCACUUCUACCAGGCCGACCCCAAAUACAUCAACGCCAUCGAAGGCCUCAAUCCCAACGCGGAGGAGCACGAGACCUACCUCGACCUUCAACCGACCACAGGUGUUCCCAUUCGGGCCUGCAAGCGCGCUCAGCUCAACGUCAUUGUGAAAAGAGUGAAGGGCUUCCCUGACACUAGGUUCCUCAACGAGACCAUUUUCCCCAUCAUGUACGUCAAUGAGACGGCCACCGUGGAUGAUGACUCUGCCUCCCAGAUGAGGACACUGGUGCUCAUCGUCACCCUGGUGUCCAACUUCCCUUUGCUCAUCGUGGGCAUGGGCCUCAUCCUGCUGCUUGUCCUGGUGGUCCUGUUCUGCCGAAACCGCCAGAAGAAGAACGAAGUAAAACGCAUUGAUUUUACUGAGGCUUUUCAUUCUUUUGCUACGGCCAAAGAUGAGACUGCGUACACACAGGUCAGCGACAAGACUGACGAGUCGCCCGAGGCUCCCGCCAGCCAGCCGAUAAGAAACGGCUCCUACAUCGCCAUGUCUCCAGUGGAGGCCCAGAACUGUUGAUCACCACCCCCCUCUUCCCAUCUCUUGUACCCCAAGUCUGGAGCUCAGGAAGGGGGCUUGAGGGAGCAGCGCACAGUGGGGGUGUCGUGUUACCAUGAGGCGGGUGAGGGCAAGUGGACGGGCUUACUAUUCCAUGGGGUGGGAACUCUACCUGAGCUCUCUUAAGGACUAUCUAACCCCCCCUUCCGCCCAUGCCAAGCCUGAGUCAGUCACGAGAGGCUUCCUCUUCCUCUCCUGGUUGACUCUUAAGAUAAAGGACUUGAGUAGGAGUUGUUUUUCAUGCCCCUCGCACCCAAAAUGGUAAUCAUUUCCACACAGAUGCACCGUCCCACCAUUGGGAACCGCCUUGUCAUAUUAACAAAAGUAUUAAGCGGGGGAAAAAAGAGAAAAAAAAAAAAAAAAAAGACUGAGCCAAACAAUUUAGUCAUCUUGCCUUUUGUUUCACACACUAGCUGGUUGUGAAAGUGUGGGUUCGCACCACCUUUUCCCCCUCCCCCUUGUAACAUAGCUGCUCGGUUUAAUCCCUACUUGUAGCUCGUCAGUUUUGGGGGUUUUCUUUUUUCAAUUGGGGGAAAAAAACGCCUGAGGAACUUACAAGGGAGACUCGAACUCACUUUCUCUGCCUUACCGCCAUGACGGUUCACACGUAUACACUGUUACUCCAGCACAAUUUGGACCACGAACGAUCCUCGCCGAGGCUCCGGGUCUUCUUUCUCUCUUUCCUUCUUGUGUCAAAGACACUGUGUUAAUGUGCACAACAGAGCACUUGAAUCACUUGUCUUAUCAUUUCAAGAAAACAACAGCAACAAAAAACACCACUCCGCUACACUUUUUGCCUGAAAAAUGUGCCCUGUGUGUUUUUUUUUGUUUCCAUUGUUUUGGGUUUUUGUUAUUUCUGCGCCAGAUGGUUUGCCUGUACACUACAUUUCUAUCCUCUUUUUUUGUCUUCGUUGCUGCUAGGAAGUGGCCAUAAACCUGUGGAUGUUCCUAUGAGUCUUACACGUUGCCAUUCUAUCCUAACUUUUAUUGUUUGUCAGCUUAGAAAACAUCCAUGCAUCCAUUUUCUACCGCUUAUCCGAGGUCGGGUCACGGGGCCUGUAGCUUUAGCAGGGACACCCAGACUUCCCUCUCCCCAGCCACUUCCUCCAGCUCUUCCGAGGAGAUCCUGAGGCGUUCCCAGGCAAGCCGAGAGACAUAGUCUCUCCAGCGUGUCCUGGGUCGCCCCCGGGGUCUCCUCCCGGUGGGACGUGCCCAGAACACCUCACCAGGGAGGCAUCCGAAUCAGAUGCCCCAGCCACCUCAUCUGUCUCCUCUCGAUGUGGAGGUGUGUCAACCAGGACAGCCCCACAUUAUCAAGAGCCUUUAGGAACUCCGGGCGAAUCACAUCCACCCCCGGGGCCUUGCCACCGAGGAGCUUUUUAACCACCUCGGUGACCUCAACCCCAGAGAUAGGAGAGCCCGCCUCAGAGAACCCAGACUCUACUUCCUCAUGGGAAGGUGUGUCAUUGGGAUUGAGGAGGUCUUCGAAGUAUUCUCCCCACCGACUCACGACGUCCCGAGUUGAGGUCAGCAGCGCCCCAUCCCCAUCAUACACAGUGUUGAUGGUGCACUGCUACCCCUCCUGAGACGCCGGACGGUGGACCAGAAUUUCCUCGAAGCCAUCCAGAAGUCGUUCUCCAUGGCCUCACUGAACUCCUCCCACGCCCGAGUUUUUGCCUCAGCGACCACCAAAGCUGCAAAGACUACCUUACGGCCACAGCUCCGGUCGGCCGCCUCGGCAAUAGAGGCACGGAACAUGGUUCGCUCGGACUCAAUGUCCCCCGUGGGUGAAGUUCUGCCGGAGGUGGGAGUUGAAACCCCUUCUGACAGGGGAGUCUGCCAGACGUUCCUAGCAGACCCUCACAAUACGUUUGGGCCUGCCACGUCGGACGGGCAUCUUCCCCCACCAUCGGAGCCAACUCACCACCAGGUGGUGAUCAGUCGACAGCUCCGCCCCUCUCUUCACCCGAGUGUCCAAGACAUGCGGUCGCAAGUCCGAUGAUACGACCACAAAGUCGAUCAUCGAACUGCGACCUAGGGUGUCCUGGUGCCAAGUGCACGUGUGGACACACUUAUGCUUGAACAUGGUGUUCGUUAUGGACAAUCCGUGAUGAGCACAGAAGUCCAAUAACAGAACACCGCUCGGGUUCUGAUCGGGGGGGCCGAUCCUCCCAAUCACGCCCUUCCAGGUCUCACUGUCAUUGCCCACGUGACCAUUGAAGUCCCCCAGCAGAACGAUGGAGUCCCCAGCGGGAGCGCUCUCCAGCACCCAUUCCUUCGGCCACCGCCCAGCUCACAUUGCACCCGACCCCUAUGGCCCCUCCCACAGGUGGUGAGCCAAUGGGAAGAGCCUAGAGAACAACAAAAGGAAAAAGUUACACUUGUGCCGCAUGGUCAACAACAAACAAGACUGUGGGGAUCAAUGUAGUUUACGAAAGGGCCUAUUUUCCCUCUUUAGAUUUUAAAAGUUUCCACCGGUUCGGUACUUUUCAGGUUGUUACUCGCCGGCAAAAUCAACAAAGAGAAAUGUGAGACGAUACAGUGUGUAUUUAACUGUAUCUUCAUUUUUUUGUCUGUUUUGAAAUGGUAAUAAGUUAACGCUUGCUAUGUUUUUAAACCAAUUAACCAGUACCAUUUUGGCAAUGCGCGUAGCAUUGUAAAAUCCCAUAACACUUGAGGGAAUUUUUUGUCUGCAUCUGGCACCCAAAUGUAAGGAUUUGUUAAAAGUUUUGUUCAAUUACCUAGUUGCGACACAAUGCGUAACAUUUUGCGAAACACGAAAAGGAAGAUUUUGUCUGAAUCGGCAUCUUGUAACACAGAAUAACCAUUUUGUCUGCAUUCGGCACCUCAGGUACGAUUCACUAGCUGUUUGGAUUAAUUUGCUAACGUUUUUGCACAAUGCGGAACAUUUUGUUCCGGUUGUAAAAUUCCAUCAUAACACGAAAGGGACGAUUUUUUGUCUGCAUCCUGCACCCCAACAAUUUGCUAACCAUUUUGUUAAAUUACCAACAUUCUCACAUUUGUCAUAGCAUUUUUUUAUGAUCACAAAAUAUUAUUGUAAUAUGGAAGUGACAAUCCUGUUUGCAUCUGGAUUUGCGAAAUGUUUAGUUAAGUUGCCAACAUUUCACCAUGAUGCAUAGGGUUUUAUUUAUCAUACAAUUCCAUCUUCCUGAAAGCAACAAUUUUGUCCACAACCGGCACCCUGACACAUGGAUUUGCAACUUUGCUACUGACAUACUUUGGGACCCUUUAAAUUGGUAACUCCCCAAAAAACAAACAAACAACAAAUCCUAACUGUACCGAACCACACCACUUUUUGAAUUCAUUGUUACGUGGUCCUUUUCACGAGUCGCGUUGGCUGAUUUCAUUGCAAUUGCAGGUUACUCAUGUAAAGAACAACUUAGGACAUUUUUGCAGCCUUUUACGGUGGAAAUGGUGAGAUAACGCAUAUGGAAGUGACAGAACUGCGCCGUAGAAACCUUUUUUUUGCGGGGGACCAUAAGCUCGCCUUUGAGCCCCAUGUGACCGGCACCCCGACGUAAUGGUUCUAAAAAAGUGGGACAAUUUGGUUAUGUUUGGGGCCCUUUACAAUGGAAAUGCUGAACUACUGCUUACUGUACUGAACCGAACUGCCUUUUAUGUCAGUCUUGAGAAGUGAGCCAAUUCACUUUGCACCAGUACGGGUCGGAUCGGUAAUUCUGUUGCAAAAAGAACGUAUCAUGGUCGGGAUAUUUUUGGAAACGGCGAAAAAACAUGUACCGAACUGAACCGUUUGGAGGAAACUGAUUUUCAAGACUACCACUCUGACCUGGGGGUUUUAAAAGUGGGGCAGUUUGGAUAUUUUGGGACUUUUAAUUAUGGAAAAACUGAAUAAUGCUGUACCGAAACAAACAACUUAGUGGAAACAACUUUUUUUUGGUGGUGGUUUAUUUGGAUCGAUUAAUUCCGAUGUUUGUAGCCUUUCGCAAGAGAAGUGGUGGAGGAAAAAAAACUUGUACCGAAGUGGUGGAAGCAUACUUUAUUGAGACCUAAACACACACACACACUUAUGACCAAAGACAUCCCUGGCUUAGCUCCUCGUGCCACAAACCAUUACCGCCUACCGUAUUUGUUUUUCCCCUGCCUUGUGCCACCAUAUUCGCUGCUGUGCCUUCUUGACAUCAAGGCUAAAAAAGGAACACUUUGGUGUGGAAACCGGAUACAUCUCAGUAUUAUGUAAGAUAAAAGCAAUACAGAGUUGUGUGUAUAAAUGAAUGGUUGUUAUUACAGGGCCAUGUAUUUAUGUUCAGUUUUUUUCCCCCCUGGAAUUGUAAUUUUUGUUGUGAUGUUUGUUUCGUCCUGCUUGGGUCCAAGUCGAUUUCAGUAUAUUUUCAAAAAAGAAAAUGUAACGUCACGUGAUGCUAUCUUGGCAUGCUAACAUUGUCAAAGUGGAGGGCUUCGAUGGCCAGGCUGAUUAUCUUGAUGUGACGAAUGAGAUGAAUGAUGCCCCCUCCUCUUCCUCCUUCAGGGACCAGCAGUUGUGCCAUAAACCUACUCGGGGUCCCAACACUUUUCUGUUUGCGCACCUUUCUGUCACAGACGACGUCGUUGCACUCGCUUGAUGGUGGUUUUUGUUUUAAUUUUGGUUUUCCAAAUGACAAUCUCCCCCUUGUCAUGAGAGGUGCAAAAAAAAGAUGAUUUCCAAGUACUACUCACUUUUAGUUUUGAUAAUUCCCACUGCACACAUCUUUCUUACAGUGCUUUUGUAAACAUUUCUAGUGUAUUUGCAAGAAAAUAAAAGCUUGCCGUCAAGUGCAA